AUCACCGGUCUAACCAGAUUUUAGGCAUAAAGGCAGCUCCGAGUCCUACUUCCUACAUACCAGACCAUCUAAAUCUACACGGGCUGUUCUCGGCAUUGACAGACGCGAGAAGAAGAGGAAGAAGACGAUCUAAGUUGACGGUCUCACCACGAUCGGUCUGACAAGAUACUCGAAUCGACAAGAUGGGAAAGAUGCGACAGUUCCUUCUGGCCUCGUGUCUGCUGGGGUACCUGGCGGUGGCAUCGGCACAGAUAACUCCAGUGAGCAAUGCAGCCUUCUACCCGUACGGGCCCGGUACUGCAGACAUUCUGGACCCUGCCGCUGAUGACAGCUCAUCGGGCGCUCAGAGCCUCAGCACCCCGUUCCCGUUCUUUGGAAACUCCUACAGUGCGCUUUACGUCAACACCAAUGGAGACAUCUCCUUUAGGAGCGCGGUCACAGGUUACACAACAAACACUUUCCCGGUGUCCCGCAACAGAGUCCUCGCCGCUUUCUUCACCGACAUCAAGACCAGCAAUGGUGGCCGUUCUGGUUACAUUUACCAUCGGGAAACAACUGAUGCCGCUAUAUUGGCCAGAGCGACCACGGAAAUCCAGACAGCCUUUCCCGCCGACCAUGGAAGCUUCGUGGCAACCUGGGCUUACGUCGCAACCUGGCACCAAGUCGGAAUCUAUGGAGCAACAGGAGGUGGUCUCAAUCUGCGGAACACGUUCCAGCUGGUGCUUAUCACGGACGGCUGCAAGUCCUUCGCUCUGUUCAACUACGACCAGAUCCAGUUCUUACAGGGCAGCAGCAGCGGCGGAGAUGGGACAACUGGUACAGGGCCCAACCCAGCACAGGUUGGGAUAAACGGAGGCGAUCGGUACGCCUACUCACUUCACCCCUACUCGAAGACCACCGACCUGUACAACCUGCCCGCAUGGACCGACCCAGCGGUGCCCGGGCCUCCUGGUCGCUGGUAUCGGAGGACUGAUCUGGCUACUGAGGGCGAGAUCCCAGCGUUAGUCUGCCCCCCCUCCUACAAACGUCGCGAGGAGAGGUGCUUCAAAUUCAACACACGCCGCCUGGACUAUCCUGAUGCGAAAGCCGACUGCGCCGAAGACGGAACGCAAUUCUUCAACAUCCGCAGCCAGGAGGACAACGAGUUGUUGGUCAAAGGUCUCCGGCGCUUCCUGAACAACAAUGGGAGAGGGCGUGGCGUGUGGAUCGGUCUGUCAGAUGAAGACACCGAAGGCACGUUCGUGUGGGAGGACGGCACUCCCUACGAUCCAUCCGGCUACACCAACUGGGCUUCUGGUGCAGCGGCAAUGAACAACGGCGACCUGAACUGUGUCUACAUGAAGAAGACUCAGCGCUGGCAGUGGUACCUCCAGGAAUGUGUGAAGCCGAUGGAUAGAAAAACCUACAUCUGUGUUACAGAUGCGGUCACUGCUGAGAGUGAAUGCUCUUAGGUUGAUUAGGUCCUGUUAGGCCACACGACUUUAAUUCUAUGGAUGACAUCCUCUGGAGACCACAAAACUAAAAAAAACAUACAUGUACUGUUAACUGACUGGUUCACUUUUAUUUGCGGCAUAAUCUUUAUCCGUUGUUUUGAAACCAGGGUCUAUGGAUUUCAAUUAAAGCAAGUCGAUGGACGAUGGAUUUAGAUAUUGUCGUUUGAAACUAACAUCCACCGACUUCAACUGACAUGAUUCCCUAAAACCCAGGUUUUAAGAUCAAAUUGGAUAUAGGUUACCCUGCGGAUAAAGGUGAACUAACAUUAUACCUGAGUCCAUUCUUUCCCAGGCUUGGUUUGACUCUGAUGUUAAUGUGGCCACUGUGUCUUUUUGAGGCAAAGACACGCAAAAUUCAAUGUGCGUGUGGAUGUCAUCCAUAGAGUUUAGUCAGUGUGUCCUUCAAUAUGGCUAGGAAAAAAGCAUGACAUUUUCAAUCUCUGCCCCGAAACUAGGUAGCACACCGGACUACCGGAGUUUGAAACUAAGGCCAUGUUGAUUUGAUCACGUGGAUGACAUUGAAGUGAAGAUAAAUUGUCCAUUUCCAAAAGAAGUUCUCGCCCAUACUGUAAAUUGUACAAAGCAGCUGAUGUAAAAUGGGCACAUAUGCCGCAAAUUGCAAAAAAAAAAAACUAUCCCAACAAAAUGGACACUUUUGUUGUCAUACAAUGCAAAAGAACAUUCCAAAGACAAAGAAGAAGUGAAAGAAUCUAUUAUUAGGCAUUUGUUCAACCUUCCUGACCACUUAGAUUUCAUAAUGAUCGCAGUUUUUUUGCCAAACUUUUUUUACCUGCAUGCUCGCAUCAGUUUUGGGGUUCCCAGAGGAUACCAUUCAUAGAACCAAAUCAACAUGGCCUAACGCUGAAAAAGAGUGACGGAUUUCACUCAAAACCUCUACAAGUAAUCACCAAAUCUUGAAUCCAUUUCUUUCAAUUGACUUUCAACUGCUAGUCAGAAUGAGAUGAUUGUUCAUUGUCGUAUCCUAAUAACACAGAAAAACAACCCAUCCCGUACUAAAUAUGACCAAACUGUUGCCUUAUCGGAUUGGACGAAAAGCCGGAGGUCCCGUGUUUGAGGAGAGCCACACCUCGAGCAAGUUAAAGAACCCACCACACUUAUCAAAAAGAGUAGGAGUCCUUCACCAGUGUGGGUGGAUCAAAUUAUUCUUUUAGGAAAAUGCAGCUUGCACUCUUCAGUACAAACUUGCUGUGUUAUACCAUGAGCUUAGUGGAUAUACAACCAGAAACAGAUUUAGUCCCUGCUAUACUUUUUAAAGAUUUUUUUGGUGGUUUGUCCAACUAUAACCUCCUUGCUAUAAUGUUAGUAUGAGUACUUUAUUGCUAGAAAAUAGACAUUUCUGCAUAAGGUUUUAAGGUACAUUGUAUGGUGUAUUAUAUCACAAUUUUGAAUAGUUAGUAUAAUGUAACAUGAUAUCAGUCCAAACAUCAUAUGACUUAUGUUACUUCCAAAAUGUUCAUGAAGUACAUGUACAUGAAAUGUUGUACAUACAGUUAAGUUUCCGGUGAUUCAAUUUCGCAACAGGGAGAGUGUUUUGGGUGACUUUGAGUUUGAAAUAGUUCUAUUCAGUACUAGCUGAUGCCUUCAUGUGCAGCCAAUUGGAAACCACCUGCAAGUGAUUAGGCAAAAGUGCAGCGGGCCCAAACUUACAGCACUUACUCUCUGCCCCAUGAGCCAUCUAGAUCUCAAAAAUCAUGGCCACAGCAUGUCCAGAACACGCGAUAUCUAAACCAGAAGUUUUGCUAGGGGGCCCUUCCAUUUAGUGACCCUUACCCACCUACCAAAUAUCAUCAGGAUCCACCCAAGGCUUCUCAAGUUAUGUUGUUCACACACACUGAAAACAUAACUUCUUAGCAAAGGAAAAAUAAUUACAAGAAACUAAUAAACAAUACUUAGUGAAUAUAAAGCAAUUAAUAAGUAGAACAACUAUAGUGAGAAAUAAAUGAUAACAGAUACAUACCAGUACUAUUGAAUAACAACUGACUAAAUGCAGCAACUGACAUUUGAUAACUAUCACAGCUAAAUGAUAACAAAUAGAAGAAUGACGACUGAUAAGUAGAGUAAUAAAAGUUUAGAAUUAAGCGUUAGUAUUACUGUAUUUAGUCACUAUUAACAUGUUUCCAGAUCUACUAACUCAGGGUUUGAUUUUAAGUUUUUUUUGUGUGUUACUAUAACUGUACAGUAGAAGCCAGUUAGUUGUAUAACGGAUUAACGCACACUUCUGUCAACUGCACGGAAUCCCCAAAUCCCAAACCGGUGCGGUCCAGCUGGAUAACUUUGCAUCAUUGCACCAGCCGGAUAAUUUCAUGAAGUACACUGGCAAAUGGGGUGUGCAAUUAAACGGCUUCUACUAUAUAAGAAUACUGUAUGUAUGCCAAAUAAUAGUUACUCAAGCAACUGGAUAUGACUUUGAAACUUGUCAGACGUUUCAGGUAGCAUUGUAGGACUGACGUGAGGUAGUGUCACUACAAGAGGUCUCUAAGAAACAAAGACAAACUCUCUCACUUCCGGUGUAGAACUUCUUGUUUCGCUAAUAGCACAUUACCAUACUGUGUAAAGCUCCUGAACCAAGACGGGUAAUUUGUGAAUAGUAGCGAAUCUUUUUUUGUGUAAUAGCUGACCAGUUAUUGUAAACAGUAGAUGUUAUGUUGUCACUCGAUCAUUUUAAAUGUGUUAACUUGAGUUAGAGGUUGAAAUACUGACUGUGAAAAAACGACAAUUCAGCCUUUUGUAAAUGUGCUGCAAAUGUUUUUAAUGUCAAUGGCAAUAAUAAACCAUUUCUCUCUCUCUCUCUCAUAUAGUGGAUGCUACCUCCUGACCGUUUCCAAAGUCUUGUCCGGUUGCUUGAGUAACUGCUAUUGGCGUAUCUAUAUUACUUCUCAAUAUAUAUAUUCACACUAUAUAUUUUACAUUUUCUAUUUAUAUUUGUCACCAAUAUGUAAGGCCAUGUUGAUUUGGUAAUAUGGAUGGCAUCCUCUGGGAACCCCAAAACUGAUGCAGGUGUGCGUAUAGAAACAAAUUUGUAACAAAAAGUCAGCUUCAUUAUGUACGGUGAAAAAAUGACUGAACACACAUAGUAUCAUGGUAUAUCGAACAGUCAUUAUAGAUUCUUCAUUUUGUUCUUGCACAUCUUUUUCUUUCACUUUAGAAUUGACAGUCUAUCACAUACAUGUACAAUUCCGAUUAACUUUUGUUGUUGUACAAUUUAACGUUACAUGGUCUGUUUUGGAAAUGAACAAAAGUCACUGAAAAUGUCAUCCACAUCAUCGAAAUAACAGGGCCUUGUGUUAAAACAUGUAAGACGUUGAAUGGCAGAUGUAGGUUGACAGAUGUGAGCUUUUCAAUGUCUUGGUUAUCAGAUUCCCCCCAUUUCGUUUUUGUUCGAAAUCGAGAAAAAAAAAACAUGAUAAUGUGUAAUAACAUCUUCAGCAAAGUUGAUGGCUUGCUAGGCUGUUAUUCAUGGCAAAGCAACAAAAUUAGAGUAUCAGACACAUCAUCUGAGGCAUUUUCAUGAAAAAUUUAGCCCUAUAAAAAGUGCUUUUAUCGGGACAUGCACACAAACAUGUAACUACCAGAAGCUAGCCAUGCAUUGUCUGCAUCUGCCAUUUGAUAUCUUACAAUAGUGAGAGCUUUAUUGCACAAGAGUUGUAUAAGAUACAAGUUUUUGAAGCUAUUGUAACAACUCGACACAUUCUGUUCGAUUGAACUAAGUUCAUACUGUCAGGUAGAAUAACCCAUACCGUUCUUCCUAAAGGCAAACUAACCAUGUCAAUCCACCAUUCUAUAUAUAUUCCCCUAGUCAUAGUUUUCAGUUUUCCUAGAAUAGGUCCUUUUCUCGAACAUAAAAAAACACAUGCUACGUCACCCAUGUGCGCCAUGUAGGAUGAUAACCAGAGUAGAACAGAGUACGGCGCUAUCAAAGUUACCUGCGUGGCCAAGCGAGCUGUUUUGGUCUCAGUAUUGUUCGACAAACUUAUCAUAUGAUCACCUGGUUCUGAAUAAAACACCUUCCCUCCACGGACGGCCCCCAUACAGUCAUGUGGAGAUCAAACAGCUAAUCAUCCAACAUGGUCGAUUUUGUUUGAACGCGAUUGCGCUAUCAGACUAAAAGGAUCUAUAGGAGUAUUACUGUAUUAAUUUGUUAUCAUUAUUGCCAUACAUUGUUUCAUGUGCAACAGUCGAGCAAUAAAGUUCAUCACUUCAA